AAGCAAGGGUUGUGUUCAGCAGAAAGCUCUGUGCAGGUGGUUUCCACCUUGGACUCAAGCUUUCUCAUUUCAGAGAGCUGCGUUUGUUGGGUUUGUGUAAACCUAAAGCCAGUAUGAUCCACUGAAUGUUUCACAAGGACUUUUUCUUUUCAGGCAUUUGGACAGCACAAGUAUUUUUCUGCUUUUUCUAUCAGGGAAAAACCCAGUUUCCCUCUGACAGCAUGGAAUGCUAGCUUGGAGCUCAGCUGACACACCUGAGGAUUCUUGAUUCAGUUCUAGUGCCUUGUCUUUAGCCAGAAGCUGUUUUCUGGAAUGGCAGUAGCUGAUGAUGUGGGGCUGUGGGUACUGUGUGAUUAUUCUGUGUGCUCAUUCCAUAUUCAGUCUGUAGGAAUCUGUGACAUUCCAGAUUUAGAUGUCUCAAUGGAUGCGUGGAGCUACUUCCAUACUUGCCUGGUGUCCAUAUGGCUGCACAGAUUUUACAUCUAUUCUGCUGUUGCUUUUGGGAUCAGCCUUUGGAUUGUCAUUCAGUUCACCACCACCAGAAUCAAAAGGAAGGGUGAGAAAUCCCAUGGGAAUCCCUCUGCCCCCGAGGGAGCAGCAGACAAACUGGGAAAUGGAUGUGCCACCCCCCAGGCACAGGAGAUCCAUGUUGCUGGAGUGAAGAUUUUCUAUGGCUCUCAGACUGGCACAGCAAAGAGAUUUGCCAAAGCUCUGGCUGAAGCUGUCAUGUCCCUCAAUUUGCCUGUGGAAGUCAUUAACAUGGGAGACUAUGAUCCAGAAGAUGGCUUAGCAGAGGAGACAAGCAGCAGGAACAUCUGUGUGUUCCUGGUGGCCACCUACACGGAGGGGCAGCCCCCGGAGAGCGCAGCCUGGUUCUGCAAGUGGCUGGAAGAGGCAGGCAGUGAUUUCCGUGUUGGGAAAAGCUUCCUGCAAGGCCUGAGAUACGCAGUGUUCGGGCUGGGGAACUCGGCCUAUGUGGAUCACUACAACACAGUUGGAAGGAGGAUGGACAGGUGGCUGUGGAUGCUCGGUGCCAGCAGGAUCAUGACGCGGGCUGAGGGCGACUGCAACGUGGCCCAGAGCAAGCACGGCAGCAUCGAGGCUGACUUUGAGGCCUGGAAAGCCAAAUUCCUCACUCGGCUCCAGGUGCUCUGCAAAGGUGAAAAGAAGCCCUGCAGUGGGAAGUGCAAGAAAGGAAAGUGCAAAUCUUCAGGGAAGCAGAGCAAGGAAAGCUCAGACCAUGAACCUGGGACAUCGGAACACGAGGAUACUGAGGCAGAGGAAUUGUUUGAAAGCAGUGGUGAGGAGGAAGCUGGAGGCACAGAUUCUGUCAUCGAUGUUGAAGAUCUUGGCACUAUCAUGGGCCACAUGAAGAAAGCAAAGAGAGAGCGGGAGCUGGAGGCAGGAGCUGCUGGAGCUUGGAGGAAGGAGGAGGCUGAGAGGAGAGAGAUGAUCACCCCAGCCCUGAGGGAGGCACUCACAAAACAAGGUUAUAAACUCAUUGGGAGCCAUUCUGGAGUGAAGCUCUGCCGAUGGACAAAGUCGAUGCUGCGGGGCCGUGGGGGCUGCUACAAGCACACCUUCUAUGGCAUCGAGAGCCACCGCUGCAUGGAGGCCACCCCCAGCCUGGCCUGUGCCAACAAGUGUGUCUUCUGCUGGAGACACCACACGAACCCUGUGGGCACCGAGUGGCGCUGGAAGAUGGACCAGCCCGAGGUGAUCCUGCAGGAGGCCAUGGAGAAACACCAGAACAUGAUCAGGCAGUUCAAAGGCGUGUCAGGAGUGAAGGCAGCUCUCCUGGAGGAGGCCCUGGCAGUGAAGCACUGUGCCCUGUCCCUGGUGGGGGAGCCCAUCAUGUACCCACACAUCAACCGCUUCGUCAGGCUCUUGCACCAGCACGGCAUCUCCACCUUCCUGGUCACCAACGCUCAGUUCCCCGAGGAGAUCAGGAGGCUGGAGCCUGUGACCCAGCUCUAUGUCAGUGUGGAUGCCAGCACCAAGGAGAGCCUGAGGAGGAUUGACAGACCCCUCUUCAAGGACUUCUGGCAGAGGUUUCUAGACAGCUUAAAGGCCUUGGCUGAAAAGCAACAACGCACUGUUUAUAGGCUGACCCUGGUGAAAGGCUGGAAUGUGGAUGAGCUGAAAGCUUAUGCUGACCUGAUAUCCCUCGGGAAACCAGACUUCGUGGAGGUCAAGGGUGUCACCUACUGCGGGGAGAGCCCUGCCAGCAGCCUGAGCAUGGCCAACGUGCCGUGGCACGGGGAGGUGCUGAGCUUCGUGCAGGAGCUGGCGCGGCUGCUCCCGGAGUACGGCAUCGCCUGCGAGCACGAGCACUCCAACUGCCUGCUGCUGGCACACUGCAAGUUCCAGGUGGAUGGCGAGUGGAGGACCUGGAUUGACUACGGCCGUUUCCAGGAGCUGGUCAGGGAGCACGAGCGGAGCGGCGGCUCCAGGACCUUCACAGCGGCCGAGUACACGGCCAGGACUCCUCCCUGGGCCCUCUUCGGGGCCAGGGAGCGGGGAUUCGACCCCUCACACGUGAGAUUCCAGCGCAAGAACAAGGCAGGGGACAGCUCGGGGUGCUGAGGCUCGCCGCACCCUCAGCCUCCCAGGAUUCUGGUUUGGGCUGACACCAGUUCCAGAUCCAUCCUCCUGGAUUAUCCUGGUGUUUGAGAAGAGGGUCAAGCCUGGAUUUAAGCCUUCCUUCCUGUUUCCAGGUCUUCCUGGAUGAAAAUAUUGAUAACGUUGUUAUCUCGGGACAGAUCAGAGCUGGUUCAGCAGCAGUGGGGAGGGGGCAGUGCUGGGGUCUCCUCAGUGGGGAAUGUUUGGAGUGGGAUAUGGGGCCCGAGGGUUCCUUGGACUCCUGUGCAAGGAGAGCCUGGCAGCAAAACAUUCCACAUCCCUGAGGAAAAACACCAGGAGAUUUCAGCCCCACAAGGUGGGAUCGGGGCAGGAGGAGCUACAGCCAGACCUGGAUCCAGAACCUGAUCCCUGCUGGGAGCAUCAUUUUAGGGACUUUGUUCACUUAAACCCUGGUACCAUUUCCUGUAAAAACCCCAUUCCCAAGAGGCCAAAACUUGGGAAUGUUGUAAGAGCAGCCCUGUGGAUACCAGCUUGUGAUACCUCUCCAAGUGCCUUCCAACCUCAUGGCUUUGGUGUUAUCCCACUCCCAGCAGCCCUGAACAACAGGUCCAGUCCUCCAGAGCCCUGUCAGGCUCCAGCUGGGAGUGCCCAGUGUCCAGCUGGGAGUGCCCAGUGCCCAGCUGGGAGUGCCCAGUGUCCGAACUGGGAGUGUCCAGUGCCCAGUGUCCAGCUGGGUGUGCCCAGUGUCCAGCUGGGGAUGCCCAGUGUCCAGCUGGGAGUGCCCAGUGUCCAGCUGGGGGUGCCCAGUGUCCAAACUGGGAGUGUCCAGUGCCCAGUGCCCAGCUGGGAGUGCCCAGUGCCCAGCUGGGAGUGUCCAGUGUCCAGCUGGGGGUGUCCAUGACCCAGUGCCCAGCUGGGAGUGCCCAGUGUCCAGCUGGGGGUGCCCAGUGUCCAGCUGGGAGUGCCCAGUGUCCAGCUGGGAGUGCCCAGUGUCCAGCUGGGAGUGCCCAGUGCUGUAGAUGGAGCAUCCCUGGGACAGGGGUUCCAUUUCUUUUUACAAGCAGCCUCUUUUCUUCAGCUGCACCAAGAGUUUGUAAAGCAGGAGGGAAAUAAAGGAGUUUUGCCUGUGG